AUGUUAAGUAUUAGAGGACACGAUGGCUAAGCUCAAGAAUUAUUACUUGACAUUUAUGAACGUUUGGAUGAUCUCGGCGCAGAUAAAGCUGAAGCUCGAGCUGGUCGAAUUUUACACGGUUUAGGUUUUACUAAAAAAAUGCAACAUAAAAGAUGUAAAGAUUUUUCUGGUGGAUGGCGAAUGCGUAUUGCUCUAGCACGAGCACUUUUUGUUAGUCCACAUUUAUUAUUACUUGAUGAACCAACGAAUCAUUUGGAUCUUGAUGCUUGUGUAUGGCUUGAAGAAGAACUUAGUAAUUAUAAACGUAUUCUUGUUAUGGUAUCUCAUUCACAAGAUUUUCUUAAUGGUGUUUGUACAAAUAUUGUGCAUUUAACAAAAAAGAAACUUUUUGUCUAUGGUGGUAAUUAUGAUGCUUAUGUUCAAACACGACAAGAAUUAGAAACAAAUCAAAUGAAAAAAUAUCAAUGGGAACAAGAACAAGUAGCAAAAACAAAACAUUUUAUUGCACGUUUUGGUAGUGGUAGUCGUGCAUCACAAGCUCAAAGUAGAGAAAAAACAUUAGCAAAAAUGAUGGAAAGUGGUUUAACUGAAAAAGUUAUUCAAGAAAAAACUUUAUCAUUAUCUUUUCCUGAUCCAGGAAAAAUUCCACCACCUUGUUUAAUGGUUCAAGGUGUUGCUUUUCGUUAUUCUGAUAAUACAGAUUGGAUAUAUACAAAUCUUGAUUUUGGUAUUGAUCUUGAUACUCGUGUUGCAUUAGUUGGUCCAAAUGGUGCUGGAAAAUCGACUUUGCUUAAAUUAAUUGAUAAUCAAUUAUUACCAACUAAAGGACAAAUACGUCGUAAUGCGCAUUUACGUAUGGGUCGUUAUCAUCAACAUUUAACUGAACAAUUAGAUCUAAAUUUAUCAGCACUUGAUUAUAUGAUGAAAUGUUUUCCUGAUAUAACUGAAAAAGAAGAUAUGAGAAGAAUUAUUGGUCGAUUUGGUUUAACAGGUAGACAACAAAUAUGUCCAAUGAGAAAUUUAUCUGAUGGACAACGAUGUCGAGUAUGUUUUGCUUGGUUAGCAUGGCAAAGUCCACAUUUAUUAUUACUUGAUGAACCGACAAAUCAUCUUGAUAUCGAAACAAUUGAUGCAUUAGCUGAUGCAAUACGAAAUUUUGCUGGUGGAAUGGUCCUUGUUAGUCACGAUUUUCGUUUAAUAAGACAAGUAGCUGAUAAAAUUUGGGUUUGUGAAAAUCAAGAAGUAAAAGAAUGGCCCGGUGAUAUUCUUAGUUAUAAAGAAUAUUUACGACAAAAAAUGCAACCAGAUUUUGCUCCACCAAAAAAAUAA